UUCAUGUAGAUUCAUCACUUCAUUUUUUAUCUCCAAUUUCAAAUUGCCGAUUACAACAAUUUCGGAACGUCAGUGGCGGUGCGUUUGUUCUAGAUGGCGGUGGCGCUGCUAAAUUUACUCUAAAUCGGUGGUGGUUGUUCGAUCGAAAUUUUCAGAUCUAGUUUCGUAAUUGUUCUUAAAUUCAAGUCGUUCUUGUUUUAACAUUGGUGAUAUAAGAGAUGUCUUAGAUAUGCGUAUGCCGUAUGUUGACGUUCAUAUAUGGAAAGUGACUAACCAAUAAAUUUGCUCUAGAAGGGUGUCUUAUUCUUUUCCAAAAAGAUAACAAGUGAAUUUGUAGUCGUACACGAAAUCAAUGCAGAUAAUAACUUAGUCCAUACUCCAUAAGUAUGAUGAUGUCGGCGAAGCUUCUUUGUAACCGCUUCUUAGGGUUCGUGGAAAACAUCUUGCCUGCGUAGAUUAAUUGAUUUGAUUCCAUCGGAUUGGAUAUGGGGGGCAAAAGUUCAAGAGAGGAGCGGCCGAGGCAGUCACCAUCAUUUCAAUCAACGUCAUCUUUUACUGGAAGUCAGUAUGGCGGCUAUCCUCAACAAACUUAUUCUUAUCCCCCUCAAGACAUUCAGAAUUACCCUGUUCAGGAGGCUUAUCCGGCUUAUCCACAACACUAUCCUGCCACUGUACCUGCUGCUCCAUCUCCUGCUCCGGCCUUUGGAGGUCAAACCCAUAGACCCCAGAAGAAGCUUGACCGGAGAUAUUCAAGGAUUGCCGAUAAUUACAGUUCAUUGGAACAGGUGACUGAAGCUCUUGCUCGAGCAGGGCUCGAGUCUUCUAACCUUAUUGUUGGUAUUGACUUCACCAAAAGCAACGAAUGGACCGGUUCAAGGUCUUACAACAGAAGAAGUCUACAUCACAUUGGAGAUGGUUUGAAUCCGUACGAGCAAGCAAUAACCAUUAUUGGGAAAACAUUAGCUGCCUUCGAUGAGGAUAACUUGAUUCCUUGUUAUGGUUUUGGAGAUGCGUCAACACAUGAUCAAGAUGUUUUCAGCUUUUAUCCAGAAGAGAGGUUUUGUAAUGGAUUUGAGGAAGUCUUGACUAGAUACAGGGAAAUUGUCCCUCAUCUAAAGCUUGCAGGACCAACAUCAUUUGCACCUGUCAUUGAGCAGGCUAUGACUAUUGUUGAACAUACUGGGGGCCAGUAUCACGUGUUACUGAUUAUUGCAGAUGGGCAGGUAACAAGAAGUGUUGAUACUGAGCCUGGUCAUCUCAGUCCACAAGAACAGAAAACUGUAGAUGCCAUAGUUGAAGCAAGCAAGCUUCCACUCUCUAUCAUAUUAGUUGGAGUUGGAGAUGGGCCUUGGGAUAUGAUGAGGGAAUUUGAUGAUAAUAUCCCCGCUCGCGACUUUGAUAAUUUUCAGUUCGUCAAUUUCACAGAAAUCAUGUCCAAGAAUGUGCCUCCAAUCAGAAAAGAGACGGAAUUUGCUCUUUCAGCUUUGAUGGAAAUUCCUACUCAAUAUAAAGCAACAAUUGAACUGAAUAUACUAGGUAACCAGAAAGGAAUUUCUCGGCACAGGGUUGCCCUUCCUCCUCCGAUUUAUGGUACAUCCUCUUUUAGCCGCCCGAAACCAUCACCUUCUAGUAGCUUCCAGAAAGGAUCACAUUCUUAUUAUGGCCAAAGUAGUCCUCCUCGUGCUGCUCCUUAUAAUGAUCAAAUUAGUUCUCAGCCAAUGGCUCCACCUGCUCCAAAUUCUACUUAUGACAAUCAGUUAUGUCCCAUCUGCCUUACUAACCCAAAGGACAUGGCCUUUGGCUGUGGUCAUCAGACAUGUUGCGAAUGUGGACAAACUCUUCAGUUAUGCCCGAUUUGCAGAAGCUCGAUCGAAACUAGAAUAAAGCUCUACUAAGCUUGGUUUGUGUUUGUUUAGUUAGUGUUAGCCCAAAUUCUUUGAAGGUCGAAAAUGUUUCGUGUUUGGUGAUUUCUUUUUAAUAUUUUGGCGAGCUCAUGUUGUGGAUUUGUAAAUGUAAGUCGAUACCAUGUACAGGUCUCUCUGUUUGGAUUUUUCUUUAUCGAUGGUAUUUGAAUUUUCUUCAUCGUUUUGGCGGAGUUCUUUUUUCCGUGUUGAAUUUACCGGCUGAUGAUGGUUUUUGUCGGGAGUCGGUAUUUUGGGGCUGUGUUAUGUAUUCGGCUUGUUGAAAACUUGUUUAAUGUGAAUUAAGGGUCAUUGCA